GAGAAUGAACCGCGAAAGUGUCCUUCAAAAAAAGAAAAAAACCGCAAAAGUGCUAAGUCUUGAUUCAAAAUCCAAUCACACAACAAGCAAAUAGUGACUUUGCUUUUAUUUUUACAAAAGCAAAGUAAGGAAGCUACAGGAAGAUCCCCAAAUUCUUGAGCUUUUUUGCGCGAAUCCGGGACAGGAGGGAGGGGAGUAGAAAACUAGAAUCAAGAAGUCUGUGAUUUCAAGGAAUUCAGCGAGGAGGAAGAGGAGAAAUGAGGAGAGUAUCUGAAGCUGAACCCAUCAGGCCAAACCUCCCGCCUUCUCUUCCAGAUACUGAUACUUCUCUGUUGCUGGAAAAAGCCAGAAAUUUGCUCCGAGGAGGCAAUGGAGAAUCUUCAUCCUCCUCUUCUUGCUCAGUUAACUCUCCCUUAUUCGAUUCAUUCAGUAACUCUUAUUAAGGCUACAGAUCCUCUCCAAGGUAUAUUGAUGUUGAUAUAACAUCUUCAAAGUUAUCCUACACCAUGUUUAAAGAAUUAGCCCAAUUCAUGGAGCUGAAAGAGCAAGCUGUUGGUUAGUGAAAAUUACGACUCAUAUAUGUUAUUGUAAUCUAUUCUCGCUCGAUUAUCUAUUAAUCAUUGCUACUUAGUUUUACAUGUUAGACAUCCUGGCAGUUGUUAUCUCUGUGUUACCAAUAAAUACUUUCACAAAUGAAUUUGGACCUGGCAAAGUGCAGGAUUUUGUCAUCAUCAAUGAAGAGUUAGUAAACAUUUUUCUCAACUUAUACCACUCUUGUUACUAUAUCUCCUCUUGGCUGUAACUUACUCAUUAGAUUUUCUAAGUAAACAAAUGCAGACAUAUACCUCUCCAACUAUCAAUGUUCAAUAAGUUUAUAGACAUUGAAGGCCAACAGAUAGCAGAAACCAUAAACAACUUCCCGGUUAUCAUUUGCAGAAGGCUGAAGGUUAAGUUUUUCAACGGGGUUACCCUGUCUACUAGGCUGGAUUCAACUAUUCUGGUCGAUCCUCCUGCUCAUGAAGCUAGGCAACUUAAGAUCUGGGCUGGACAGAAUGCAGUGCUUUUUGCUCAGAUCAUUAAAGAAAAAUCUUAUACUCGAUACAACCCAAAUCUCUUUCUACAAUCUCCUCAGAAGUUUACUCUCAUUUUUUAUUUGCAACCAACUCAGAAGCGUUACUGGUAUAUGGCAUGUAAGAAAUGCUACAAAGCAACUGAUGCUUCUCAUGGACAUCCAUACUUAUGUAACAAAUGUUCUGAAUACCAGGAAGCUGUACCAAGAUGCCGUUUUGAUGUUAAUCUUGCUGAUAACACUGGAAAUGUAACAGCUACUUUAUUUGGUGAAUUAGCUGAGAAGCUUUUGACUUACUCUGCUCUGGAUGCCAUGCAGUACUUUAUUAGAAAUGUUGAGCUUCCAUUGGAACAUGUCCACGAAGCUCUGAAAACUAAACUGUUUGCGGUCCAGAUACAGCCAGCUCAGAGCCGCUAUGGAUAUCUCCAGCAACGCUACACUGUUGUGCAUUUUUAUGAAGAAAAUCAGGGUGAAGAGAAUAAGAGCCCUUCGACAAGCAUCUGCAUCAAUAUGGCAAGCAAUUUCGAUGAAACAGACAAUCUCGGAGUAACCAGCCCACUAGCCGGUUUCGAAACUGCUCAGAUUAGCACUACCAAGAAGACAAAAUUAGCAUUAUGUUGAACAUAUUUUCAUAAUAAUCUAGUACUGGAUUAAAAUAGCUAUUGUCUGAAUGUUCAGAUCUAACUAUGAAGUUUUUGUGAUUUAGACAACAUUACCACGUCUACUACCUCUACUAGCCUUAUGCUUUUGGUUAUGUAUCUAUUAAAUGCCGGUGAUGCCAAACCAUUGGAUGAACAUGUUUUUGUUUUACAAUGUAUUGCUCUUCGAAAAGUAUCUUACACUAUUUCUACCUAA